AUGUCACAGGACCACUACUCUCGCCGCCCGCUCAUCGACCAAGUUCACAACAACUUCGACCUCGACGUAUCCGACGAAGAGGAAGGCUUCUACGCCGUCGACGACGGCGAUUACCUGCUGCACCCCAAGUGGCGGGCGAUGAUCACACGCACCUCGACUCGCAUCCCACGGAGACUGCAGCGCUAUUUCGUCAUCUACGCGUUCGCUGCCAUCGUGCUCUUGAUCAGCUGGCGCUUGUACAUAGGACCGCAAUACGCUGCGUAUCAGGCGGAGCAGGCGGUCUUUGACGCCGCGGCACAGAAGGAGGUACCGAGCAGUGCGACACCCGACUUCAAGCACAUGCUGCAGGUGAAAGAUUUGGAGGCGAAGCACCUGCCGAAGGGCGAUGGCAGGCUGGUGGUUGUGGGAGAUGUGCAUGGGUGUAAGAACGAGCUGGAGGCGCUGCUGAAGAAGGUGGGAUUCCAGGAGGAUAAAGAUCACCUCAUUCUCACGGGAGACAUCAUCUCGAAGGGUCCCGAUUCUCCAGGCGUCGUCACCCUCGCUGGCAAGCUCGGCGCUUCCUGCGUCCGCGGCAACCACGAAGACAAGGUGCUCCUUUCCAUCCAAGAAGCCGCCGAGUACCACGACACUACAAUUCCGCGUCCAGACGUAGACUCCGUCGACCCCGUGCCGUAUGAUGUCGAAGACAAGGACGUCUCCUACAAGAACCCGAAGCUACUCAAGCUCGCAAAGUCCUUCACGCAACCACAAUUAGAAUACCUGCAGUCGUGCCCGGUGAUACUCCGUGUUGGCAACAUCGGCUCCCUGCACAACAUCGCCGUCGUGCACGCAGGCCUCGUGCCCGACGUCUCGCUCGAACAGCAGGAUCCGUUCCAGGUCAUGAAUAUGCGGACGAUCGACCUGGAGACAUUGCUGCCCUCGGAGACGAGAGCCCAUACGCCGUGGGAGAAGUACUGGAAUCACCAGCAGAAACACAAGCCUGAGGCCGAGCGGAGUACGGUCAUUUACGGCCACGACCGGAAGAGGGGCAAGAAUAUCCAGAAGUACAGCAUGGGCCUCGACUCUGGGUGCGUGAGCGGUGGUCAGCUCACAGCUAUGGUUAUCAAAGAAGGCGGGAAGCACUCCUUUGUACACGUGAAGUGCAAAGGCUAUGUCGACUAG